AUAUUUUCAACGCAAAUAUUUGUUUGUGUGUAACUGUGAAUGUUAGUAUAUCUUUGUAUACGAAUGUGACCGCUCAAUUUCCAACCGCCUUCAUCACAUUCAUUUCAAAUCAAUAAUCAAUAUCAAUCGCGCGUGGUCUCUGGUCUGUCUACCGAAUGUACUAUACUAGAUUCGUAUUUAUUUCAUUAGUCGCAUUAUAUCAAUUAUAAUUGGCGUGUAUUUGUGGCGUUGUUUUUUUUGUGUGCGCAUAUUUGUGUGUAUUUUAUAGAGAAACAGCUAAUAAAUGAAAAAUAAAAGAAAAUAUGUUACAGUGAAAAGAAAAAGAUAGUGAAGUGAUGGUCUGGCCAAAGAAAAAUAAGCAAACAAAAAAUAUACAAUUUAUUCUAUGACGACUUUUUAUAGUGCCAUUUUGAUAAAGUAAUUCAAAAACCGAGUUUAAAUGCCAACAAAUCAGGCAAAUAUACCUGCAUAAAAAGUGCGAUAAAGAAACAAAUAAAAAUUUGCAAUAAUAAAAGAAGAAGAAGUGGUUGGUGCUAGAAUCACUCAUUGCAACGACCUCUCAUCAGACGAUUAACAUUUUUGCUGAUUUAUUAUAGUCAACAUGAUGUCAAUGUACAGAACAAUAAAGUCGAAGACAAGUACGAUGCAGAAACGGCGACGAGAACGAUCCCUUGGUCCAUUGGAGACAUUACCACGGGAAAUGGUUUCACGUCGAAAAAUAUUAUCUCGUUCGCGAGAUGAUUUGAAUUUAGAACAUCAAUAUCAACAACAACAAGAUGACGAAGAAGAUGUUUGGUAUCAAAAAGACAAACUUUAUAAGGAACAUAUACAAGAAGUUUUAGACAAAUGGACUCAAAUCGAUGAUGAAAUAUGGGCCAAGGUUAUCGUAUUCGAACGUAAUCGGAGAGUGGCCAAAGCAUAUGCACGCGCACCAGUAUUAACAAUAAAUGGCUCUGACGACGGUUUCGAUGGUAUGAGAAUUGGUUUGAGUGGCUUUGAUAACCCAAUGCGAGAUCCAAAAACAGAGGAACUAAAGCGACAUGUUGGACAGGGUGUCAAAAUCAAGAUGGAUGACGCUGGUAAUAUUUUAAUUCGUCGCUAUGCCAAAAGUAAUGUUUAUGUUAAAAGCACAGCAGCAAAUGCUAACGAUGAAACAGCCAUCGGAGCAGAGAUCCUAAAACUACCAAAUAGUGCAUUAGAGAGCGAGAAAAUUGUUAAGUUAUUCGAUAUGAAAAAGUUUCAAUCAAAUGUCAAUCGUGAAUUGAGAAGGGCAUAUCCAGACCGAAGAAGACUUGAAACGCAAUGCCUUUCUCUAGUUGCAUUUGUUAAAGCUGAAAAUGAUUUAUUGGAUUGUCCGAUAUGGGUGCUUAUAGUAAAUGUAGUAGCAAUGGAUAUGCUAAAAAGCAAAUUGCCGCCGGUUCAUCGACCACUUGAUAUUAAAAAUCGGCCAAGGAUUCCAAUUCCAGAUGAAGACCCUUACAGCAUAGCAGGUAAUGGUGGGGGUAGUGGUAGUUCGGGUAGUUCUGGUUUUGGAACUAAUAAUGGAAAUAGUUGUAGCACUCCAGGUCAUGUUGCAUCAACUCGUGAGCAGUUGUUAUUACAAACACAGAAGCUUGCAUCACGGCGCAGCGAGAAACCACCAAAAUUGCCACCACGUGAUAAUAUCUAUCAUCCACAUGACAUUCCAAAGCCUGACUAUGAUGACAUCAACGAAGAUGAUCAAUUAAAAGCGUUCCGCGUUAAAUCAGACAAAGGACGGGAUUUGAACAAGAAAUACGACGAUCCCUACUACUGUGGCUUGAGAGCUCGCGUCCCGAACUUUGUAAAAUCAUCAAAAAAUAAGGGCAAAGAAAGUUUGUCGCCCAUGAAGAGGAUAUCUGUAUCUAAUUUACAACAUCCAUCAGCUGCAUCGUUAGCAUCACUGCAUCAGCUGCAUCAAAUGCAUCCCCAACAUUUGUAUGGCGGAAGUCAUCAUGCGCAUUCAGCACAAUAUCCGCAUCAUAUGAUGUUGCAUACUAGGAGUUUUGAAAGUGGCAUUGACUCAGACAUGAUAGAAUCUCCAUACAAUCAUAUAUAUGGUCGAUUACCGCUACCAACUCGUGGAUAUGUGCCUCAACAAAGAGCAAUGUAUAUUGGCGAGUGGGACUGAUUGUUUACAGAUGAUUCAAAUGAAUUACUUUAAUUAAUAAGACAUAGAUAGAUCUAUAAAAUUAUAAUUCGAUCACUCUUAAGUUUCGAUACCAUCCUUAUGUUGCCCCUGUCCAUACCAAUACACACGUAAAUUCUUCGACCUUUAAAUAAAAGCAGUUGGCAAUAUAUGUUUUUUUUACUAUUGUUAAAUAUCCAAUAAUUCUUUGUUUUUGAACUCACCAUUUUUUUUCUCUCUCUCUCUCGACCAAACCUGAGCAGUUGUAGGUUUUUUUUUCUACGUGAAUAUCCUGUUCAGUUUCUAUGGAUAAUAUUUAUUAUGUACUUUGCUGCCAAUUAUAUGAUGAAUGUUUUAGGUUAUUGUACAAAAGGUACCAAACAAUUUGAUUAACUAAAAUUAUUAAAUUAGACAAUUCUAAUAUUAUUGAGAAAAAUAUUUUUGCGAACCAUUUUUUCACUGCCCCAAUAAAUGCGCCAUUUAGAGACGUUAUCCGGCCUUACCGGUUAUUAAAAUGUAAUGAAGAAGAUGUAUGAAAUUAUCAAUUAUAUGAAAGUCAUCAAGCUAAUAAACGGACAGGGAUAAAUUCGUGAUUACUUCAGAAACGAAUUUUAAUGAAUUGAUGAAAAACCAUUUAACAUUUGAAACAUCUUUUAGUUUUGUGAAUAUCUGAACUUUUACCUUCAGCAUAUACAUGACACCUUAAAAAUUACCAAAAUUGUAACGACAUUUCUUUGAAAAUCAAAUGUUGAUCUUUAUUAUUCAAACAUAUCGAGGGACUAUAAUCUCUUGUAAAUUUUUUCGGAAUUUAUCUCUGUGAUCCGUUUAAAACUUUCAUUUUCUUAAAUUAGGCAUUUAAAAGUAAGUUAAUAUUAUUAUUUCUUUUUUUCUGAUGAAUUCAGAUGAUUGAGUAGGAAACAUAAUUAGCAAAGAUUACAAUGUAGCGAAACGAAUCUAUCAUUGUACCAAGUAAGAUUUAUUCGCUUAAAAUAGUCACUGUUUUUCAUGCUGAAUUUGAUUUAAAGAACAAACCAUAAACAAAAUAUUGUAAUGAUUUUUUUCGCUUUUUUAUAUAAAUAAGCAUUUUUGUAUAAGAAAUUAAGAGAUUAGAGAAAAGAGGGAGAAGAAUUCAUUUUUGUAUGAUAUUUAAUAUUAAUUGAAAUGAAACAUAGAUUGAUAAAAGUUAAUAUCAGUCUUGUUACGACAAAUAAAAUACUUUUUUUCUUCUUUAAAUGCUAAUGAAAGCUAUAAGAAAGAUGUAAUACUGCAGUCAUAGAUCGAAUACAUUAAUGUAAACCGUCUAUGCAUCUUUUGCAUACGCUCAAGUCAACAGAUUCAAAGAUUUUCGGACAAAAUCACCACAGAAAGUAAGCAGUCAUUCAUUUUGAAUGGGGAGCUUCAUAAAAAAUAAUGGACUUUGAAAUGAUGUUAAUAUUAUUUAACAAUGCAUGUAAUGCAAUUGUGUUUAAAUUCGAUAAAUGAUUUCUGACAAUUAACUUUUGAUUUCUGAUUUGGACCUUUGAUUUCUGAAUUUUUGAUUUUUAAUAGAAGCCAUAAGAAAACCAUAGAUUUAUUGCCUAAAACUAUAAAAAAUAUAAUUCACAUAUAGUUGGCGCUGCAUUAUAUGCAAACUUGUUUUCCGUUGCAUGGACUAAGUGGAAAGUAAACGCUUAUUAGAUAGAAUGUAGCGCCAACUAUACGUGAAUUUUAUUUUUUUAUCAUUUUUGGCAGUAAUCUUAUCGCUUCUUUUGACUCAUCGGUAGUCCCAAGUAUGUCAUUGAGUCAAUAUGUCGAAAGAAAAAAUCAGGAUCUAUAAGCCAUUAUCAAAAAAUGUGAAGAGUCAAGAACACCAUUAAAUGUCAAACUGCCACAAUAUUUGCUGUUGAUUUUGCUUUUUUUAUACUUCCAAGGCUUACAAAAUGCGGCAUUAUUGUAUGGAUUUUGACUUCGCUCAAAGAUGUCCACAACUGUUAGUAAGUCAUAGUUCCAAUCAGUUUAUGACUGCAGCUUCAAUCUGUUCUAAGUUGAUGUUGUAACUAUAGUACUAACUAGAUCUAGUGUACCAUAAUCGCAUUGUCAAUAUAUCGCAGCCGUGCAUAGUUUAUAUACUUUGAAAUUAACGACAGUCAAAGAACAUGAACUAUCAAAUUGUCAUUCACUAACACACAACAAGAUACUAAACGGCAUUUAUUUUUAUGCUGCAUUGUUUCACAUUGUAGCAAAUUACCAAAUACCAAUGGAUUGAUUUUUUUAAAAUGGUAUUUUCAUUGGUUCUUUUAGAUUUUUUAAAAAAAAUUUAUCAAAAUGGAUUAGUUUUUACCGUGAACAUUA